CUCAGCCAGCGUUGUGCGCUGGUGUGUUGUGCAAAAAUGGAAAGGAAGAUGGAGGAUAACAUGAGAGACGUCGACGCUGGCAGUGAAGCUGGAGGAGAGGAUGCCUUAGUGGGCAAUGUGAACAAGCUGAUGGUGACUCCACCAGGAUACACAGGAGUUCCACGGAAAGGCCACCUUGUCUUUGAUGCUUGCUUUGAGAGUGGUAACCUUGGACGUGUUGAUUACAUCAGUGAAUUUGAGUUUGAUCUGUUCAUCAGACCUGACACCUGUAACCCUCGCUUCAGAGUUUGGUUCAACUUCACAGUGGAAAACGUGCGGGAGACACAGAGGGUGAUUUUCAACAUUGUCAACUUUAGCAAGACCAAGAGCCUGUAUAGAGAUGGCAUGUCUCCAGUGGUGAAGUCCACCAGCCGGCCUAAAUGGCAAAGACUCCCGACUAAGAAUGUGUACUACUACCGUUGCCCUGACCAUCGGAGAAACUACGUGAUGUCUUUUGCCUUCUGCUUUGAUCGAGAGGAUGAUGUGUACCAAUUUGCUUACUGCUACCCCUACACCUACACCAGACUGCAGCACUACCUGGACAGCUUGGAGCGCAGGAACCUGGACUACCUGCAGAGGGAGCAGCUGGGGCUCAGUGUGCAACAGCGACGUCUUGACCUCCUAACCAUCACCAGCCCUGCUCAACAGAAUCCAGAGAAGGUGAAGAAGCUAGUUGUCCUCACAGCCCGUGUACACCCUGGGGAGUCGCCUGCAUCCUUCAUCUGCCAAGGAGUGAUUGACUUCCUAGUCAGCCAGCACCCUGUGGCCCAAACCUUGCGUGACCAUGUCAUCUUCAAGAUUGUACCCAUGCUCAACCCUGACGGGGUCUACUUAGGCAACUACAGGUGUUCUCUGAUGGGCUUUGACCUUAACCGUCACUGGCAGGAGCCAUCCCCCUGGGCCCACCCCACCCUCCACGCCGUCAAGCAGCUCAUCGUCCAGCUCAGUCAAGACCCAGUAGGGCUGGAGUUCUACAUUGAUGUUCAUGCCCACUCCACCAUGAUGAAUGGCUUCAUGUACGGGAACGUGUUUGAGGAGGAGGAGAGAGUCCAGAGACAAGCCGUGUUCCCUCGCCUGCUCUGCCAAAACGCCCCAGACUUCUCCUUUUCCAACACGUCAUUUAACCGUGACGUGGUGAAGGCUGGCACCGGGAGGCGCUUCCUGGGUGGCCUGCUGGACGACACGUCCUACUGCUACACCCUGGAGGUGUCCUUCUACAGCUACAUGGCAGCGGGGAGCACAUCGCCCGUUCCCUACACCGAGGACACCUACAUGAAGCUGGGAAGAAAUGUUGCCCGCACCUUCCUCGACUACUACAGGCACAACAACUUCAUUGAUGACAACAAACUACAAAUUCCAAAUCACAUCAACAGUAUGGAGGUAUUGUCCCAGGGUCGACAGGGGAAUGGAAAUGGGAACGGGAGGACGUCUGGGAGUGAGAGAGGAGCAGAGAGGAAGAACCAGAGUAUCACAGGAGAGUACUAGACACCUGGCAAUAACAUACUGGAGAUACCAGUCCAGUCUGACCACUGUAUAAGGCUCUACACUAUAUCCACACAUUUACAUUUACAUUUAAGUCAUUUAGCAGACAGCCCUACACUAUAUCCACACAGCCUUACACUAUAUCCACACAGCCCUACACUAUAUCCACACAGCCCUACACUAUAUCCACACAGCCCUACACUAUAUCCACACAGCCUUACACUAUAUCCACACAGCC